AGGUUUAUGAUUGUUUUCCCGUGAUGCAGUUUGACAGGGCAGGUCCAGUUGAGCCAAGAUGGCGGACUUUGAGGAACAGCUUUCCGACGAUGAGAAGGUCCGCAUUGCUGCAAAUUUUGUCAUCCAUGCGCCCCCUGGAGAGUUCAAUGAAGUCUUCAAUGAUGUGCGGCUACUGCUCAAUAAUGACAAUCUGCUCAGGGAAGGGGCGGCUCAUGCCUUUGCCCAGUAUAACAUGGAUCAGUUCACACCUGCUAAACUUGAUGGAAGUGAAGAUCAGGUUUUGAUCACAGAGCAUGGAGAUCUUGGCCACGGCAAAUUCUUUGACCCUCGUAAGAAACAAUCGUUUAAGUUCGACCACCUGAGGAAAGAGGCGAGUGAAGCUCAGCCGUAUGAGGGCGAAGCGGCGCUCAGGCCGUGGAGAGACGCUGUAGAUGAGGCUCUGAGGGCGUACGUUAAAGACCAUUACCCCAGUGGAGUCUGCACGGUUUAUGGAAAAACUAUAGAUGGACAGCAAACCAUCAUUGCCUGUAUUGAGGGUCAUCGAUUUCAACCUCAAAAUUUCUGGAAUGGCCGCUGCCGAUCGGAGUGGAAGUUCUCCAUUUCUCAGGCCACCGCUCAGGUGGUGGGAGUGCUGAAGAUCCAGGUUCAUUACUAUGAGGAUGGAAACGUGCAGCUGGUCAGCCAUAAGGACGUGCAAGACUCUCUGGUCAUCUCCACUGAGGUACAGACUGCCAAGGAGUUUGUCAAGAUCAUUGAAAACGCUGAAAAUGAGUAUCAGACGGCCAUCAGCGAGAACUACCAGACCAUGUCUGACACCACCUUCAAGGCCUUACGUCGACAGCUUCCCGUCACCCGCACCAAGAUCGACUGGAACAAGAUCCUCAGCUACAAGAUCGGCAAAGAGAUGCAGAACGCUUAGACACACGGCAUGCACGGCUCCGCUCCUGCUCGCGACACAAGCAAAGAGACAAGCUACAGAGGGCCCGUAUCUAAACCUGAAUCCAGGGCAGGGCCAAGGCCAGAAGGUCCUCCAGAAGUGUGCUAAAAAUGUGUCUGUCCUUUUUUUUGUUUUGUUUGUUUUUCAGAAGCCACAGUUUGACCUCAGCUGAAGAGACUGCCUCCUUUUCUGUAUUGUAGGAGGACUGCAAGCUUGUUUUAAUGGGUUUAGCAAAGGUUUUUUGCUGUUGAACAAAAUACCUCCCACGACACCAGUGUACAGCAUCACAAAUGUCCCCUUAAUAUCACUUGAUCAGCGCUCCCCAUUCUUGACGCACUGAACGUUUUAUUGCACAAAGCCCAUAUGAUCAAUCGAGUCUAUUUUGUUUACUUUUUUUACUUUAGCAACUUGACACUCCAAAGUUCUGCUCUUGAUGUCGAGUCAUACGAAAACAUCGACCCAUCAAAGCUCUCUGACUAGUAAAAAAAGACAGCAGUUUUGUUCUGCAGCGUAAUAUUUGGUCUUUUAAGAAGCAUUGCUGUAAGGUGCCAUCAUUAGAAUGUGCUGUCAGAGAGGGUUGUGCCAAAGUGAGCAUUGUAUUUGUACAGUAAGUCAUUUCAGGUUGCUGUUCUGUGUGGAAAUGGUCCCAUCAUUGUACUCUGGUGUCUAAGAAUGGUAUAUUUAUAUAUAUACUGUAUGCAGUUACACAAAUAUUUGUUACCCCCCACUUCGGCCUCCUACCCUAGCUUUUAUUGCGAAAUAUUUUUUACAAAAUGUAAGAACAAAUAUGAUCCCAGAGGAAUAAAUGAUUUGCACCAAA